GCUCACUCACUCCCUGUCUAGUGCCGAGUACGGCCAGAGAGGCUGAGGAUGGCGACCAUAGAGGAGGACCCAGAAGCUUCGUGUAGCAAACUAAGCCCAUCACCAUCAAACACAAGCCUGACUCACCGUUUCCUCGACAAUAAGUUCUAUUUGCUAGUAGUUAUUGGGGAAAUUGUUACCGAAGAUCAUCUGAGAUGUGCCAUUUCAGAUAUAGAGCGAGGUAUCCGCUCUUGGGACACAGACUUGAUAGCCUGCAACCUAGAUCAGGAACUCAAACUCUUUGUAUCACGCCAUUCAGCUAGAUUUUCAGCAGAUGUUAGAGGUCAGAAAAUCCUUCACCACAGAAGUGACGUUUUGGAAACUGUUGUCCUGAUCAACCCUUCAGAUGAGGCAGUGAGCACGGAGGUACGUCUCUUGAUCACUGAUGCUGCUCGACAUAAGCUGCUGGUGCUAACUGGACAGUGCUGUGAAAACACUGGGGAACUAAUUCUGCAAUCCGGUUCAUUCUCCUUUCAGAACUUCAUUGAAAUUUUCACAGAUCAGGAGAUUGGAGAACUACUGAGCACCACACAUCCAGCCAAUAAAGCCAGCCUCACAUUAUUCUGUCUUGAGGAAGGUGAUUGGAAAAAUACAAACCUGGAAAAACAUAACCUACAGGACUUCAUCAAUAUAAAACUAAACUCAGUCUCUAUUCUACCAGAGAUGGAAGGACUUUCAGAAUUCACUGAAUAUCUCUCCGAAUCGGUUGAGGUACCAUCAUCCUUUGAUGUGUUGGAGCCCCCAGCAUCAGGAGGCUUCUUGAAACUGUCAAAACCUUGCUGCUACAUUUUCCCCGGUGGGAGAGGGGACUCUGCUUUGUUUGCCGUGAAUGGGUUUAAUAUGCUUAUCAAUGGAGGCUCCGAUCGCAAGUCAUGCUUCUGGAAAUUGAUUCGACAUUUAGACAGAGUCGACUCAAUCCUGCUCACGCAUAAUGGAGCCGAUAAUCUCCCUGGAGUCAACAGUUUGUUGCAACGUAAAAUAGCAGAACUAGAAGAGGAACAGUCGCAAGGGUCCACUGCUAACAGUGACUGGCUGAAAAAUCUGAUCUCACCUGAGCUGGGGGUCGUUUUUCUUAACGUCCCGGAAAAUAUGACAAACUUGCAGCCUAAUUUUCGGGUCAGAAGGAAUACAGAGGAAACCUUUCUUACUCUCCAGUACUUAAACAAAUUGUCUAUAAAGCCAGAACCCCUGUACAGGACUGUAGGAAAUGUUAUUGAUCCAGUAAUACUUUUUCAGAAAAUGGGUGUGGGAAGAUUAGAAAUGUACAUUUUAAAUCCAGUGAAAGGAAGCAAGGAGCUACAAUUUUUCAUGCAACAUUGGUCCAGCAACAACAAGGCUAAAACUGGACUAGUGUUACCAAAUGGUAAAGAGGCAGAAAUUUCAUUUCCAUAUUUGACUUCAAUAUCCUCACUGAUUGUAUGGCAUCCGGCUAAUCCAACUGAGAAAAUAGUCCGUGCUCUGUUCCCAGGAAAUGCUCCACAGUACAAUAUUCUGGAUGGAUUAGAAAAGCUCAAAGAUUUAGAUUUCCUUAAACACCCAGUGGUAACUCAAAAAGAGCUGUCCAUUGGCUUGGCUGUCCCAAAUGUUAAACAAACCAAGAUGAAACAACGAAGUGAUAGCAAGGAGAGUCUCAAAUCUAAUUCUAAGCCACCCGCUGCAAAAGGAGUUAAGAAGGAAGAAACACCAGAGGUGACAAAACCUACUGCAGUUAGUCAACAAGAGGCUGUUAAAGAAAAACUGCAAAAGGUAGAGAAAAAGGAAAAACCUGCAGUUAAGAAGGAAAAGACCAGAACAGAGUCACAAUCAAAGCCCGAAGAAAAGGAAACAAAAGCAAAAGAGGACACAGCUAAACAGGAACUUGAAGAAAAAACAGUGAGAGAUGACAAACUAAAAGCUGAGAACAAACCCAAACCUGUCAGGGAAAAAAUUGUGAAGAAAGAGGUUAAAGCAAAGAAACCAGAAGACAAGAAGAAAGAGGAAAAGGAAGUGAAGAAAGAGAGCGUGAAGUCAGAGGCAAAGGAAGAUAAAGCAGUUACUAAAAAAGAAAAGGUUACUAAAAAAGAAGAGAAACCUAAGAAGGAAGAAAUAAAGAAAGAAGCAAAGAAAGAUAUUAAAAAAGAAGUGAAGAAAAAAGAAACCCCAGUGAAAGAGGUAAAAAAAGAAGAAAAGAAAGAGAUUAAAAAAAAUGACAAAGAUGUCAAGAAAGACCUGAAAAAACCUGCUAAGGAAACUAGAAAACCCAUCCCUGCAACCGAGACCAAAAAAGUACCAACAAAACCCAAAGUGGAAAGGAAAACUGAACCAAUAAAGAAGGAAGACUCUACGCCAAGUAAGCCAAAAGAGAAAGGAAAGCCAAAACCAAGCAAGAAAGAGACCAAAAUGGAAACUGUUGCUGUGGCAGGGGCAGCAGCAGCAGCAGCAGCAGUGACUGCAGUGACUGCAGGUGAACUUGAGAUUGAACGAUCACGAAUGUCUUCACCAGAAGACUUAACAAAAGACUUUGAAGAACUUAAUGAAGAAGAGAAAAGAGAAAUGCAAGGACCCAUAGCCCCAUCAGAAAAUUCAAUAAAUAAUGAAGUGCAAGAAGCCACACUUGUGAAAAAGACAGGGUUUAUAAUUCAUGGAGACUCUUUGGAGACAGAUGAAUCUCCUGAUGAGGGAAUAACAACCACUGAAGUCGAAGGUGAAUUUGAGCAGUCUCCUCAAGAGUACAUUGAAACUCGAAAUAAGGUUACAUUAGAAAAAUUUGAGGAUGAAGGUGCUGCUUUUGAAGAAUCUUCUGAACCAGGAGACUAUGAGGAAAAGGCUGAGACAGAAGAUGUUGAAGAGCUAGCAGAAGAUAUAGUAGAAAAGAUGCUUCCAGGCAAAACAGAACAUGCCUUGACUGGCACAAAGGUUGAGACCGACGACAUUGAAGCAGAAGAAUUAAUUGAAACUGAAGAACCAGUUGAAGAUGACGAGAUAGAAAAAGAAGAGACAGAAGAGUCUGAAGCUGGGGAUGAUCACAGGGAACGAGAAGGCUUUCCAGAAAAGGCUGAAGAAGAGGCAGAAGAAGAAGAAAAGAGAGUUGAUCUUAGCAAAGAAGCUAAAAUUUAUACACAGAAAGAUUUAAGUAUGGCUGAAACCACUGAGAUACAUAAAAUAAAAGCUCUAUCCCCUGAUGGAGCUUUGGAUAAAAUCUCUGCACUCCAUUCUUCAAUUAUUGAUCAAACGAUGCUGAUUCGUAAUGAAACAAUGCCAACUGAUUUUGAAAGUGAAAUAACAGUUUCUGAUGAAGAAACCCAUGAAGAGCCACCAGAAGAAUUUACAGCUACAUCAGGUUUUACUCAAUCUACAAUUGAAAUUUCAAGUGAACCUACCCCAAUGGAUGAUAUGUCCACACCGAGAGACAUUAUGAGUGAUGAGACCAAUAAUGAGGAAACUGAGUCACCCACUCAGGAGUUUGAAAGCAUGACAAAGAUUGAAACUACUGUCUUUUGUCAGGGUCAUGAGGGAGCUAAGUUUUCUCCAGUUCCUGACACUUACAAUGGACUCUCAAUAGAAACUUCAAAAACAGAAGUGACACAAGGUGAUGAUUAUCCAGCAUCAGCCUCAACAAUAUCUCCUUCAUCUUCUCUGGAAGAAGACAAGUGCUUUAAAUGUCCAUCACCUGGCAUCUAUAUUCCUAAGUCUGAUGAAUUUGAAAAACAGGAAGUUUUAGAGAAUGAAAAGCAAGCGAAUCAGAUAAAAGAUCUUGAAGCCAAAUUAAGCCCCGCACGGAGUCCAGUUGGUUCUUCACCACAGUCUAGAUCACCUUUGAGUGAUCAGAAUGUCAACUUUGAUUUGACUCCAUCAGAUAUCAAGGCAUCCACAGAUCUUACAACCUCUGACCACGAAACUCCAGAUGAUCAUUGUGCUAGUCCUGAAGAAAAAACACUAGAGAUGGCAUCUCCCACACAAUCUGGUUCCCCUAGUGCUGGCCACACUCCAUUUUAUCAGUCUCCUGUAGAUGAGAAAGAUAGUAAAGUCGCACCUGAAUUAACAGGAAAAUUGCCAGCCCCAAUUAUUAUUGAGACUGAUGACAUGAAAGCUGAUGAGACCAGUCCAAGAUAUAGCCCCAUGGAUGAGCCAGUACCUGAUUCAGAAUCACCUGUAGAAAAGGUCCUAUCUCCAUUACGAAGCCCACCAAUGUUGGGUUCCAGUUCACCUGUUGAUAGUUCUCCUAAUGAUGGAGAAGAAUUCCCAGUACAGUUUCUUGAAGGUGCAAUGGAACUCUCAAGUGAUAAGCUUAAACUUCUUUCUUCACCCCAUCUUUAUCCAUUUAAUGACUUUUCAUCCAGUUCAGUUGCGCCUGAAAAGCAACGUGCAGCAGAUUUCGAAUUGUUGACUCCCAAAGAUAGUUUCAGCCAGGAAUGCAAAGUGGAAGAAAAUGCUACUGCAACCUUCCCAUCACUCGGUCCCUUUGAAACUCAGAAAACUGCAGCUGAACUGUCCCCAACUCUGGUGGAUCUCAGCCAAAUCGGUUCUGUUAAAGAAGACAGCAAAAUGUCAAUUUCUGAAGGAACCACAUCAGACAAAUCAGCUACUCCUGUCGAUGAGGUGGUAGCAGAAGACACUUAUUCCCAUAUUGAAGGUGUGGCUUCAGCUUCAACAGCAUCUCUUGCCACAAGUUCCUUUCCAGAACCUACAGCAGAUGAUGUGUCUCCCUCGUUGCAUGCAGAGGUCGGAUCCCCUCAUUCAACUGAAGUUGAUGAAUCCCUCUCAGUGUCUGUUGUCCAAACGCCUACAACUUUCCAAGAAGCUGAAGUUUCACCUUCUAAAGAAGAUUGCCCAAGGCCCAUGUCGAUUUCCCCUCCAGAGGUGUCUCCAAAGACUGCAAAAUCCAGAACUCCUGUACAGGAAGUGAGAUCACCCGAGCAUUCAACAAUGUCGGUAGAGUUUAGUCAGGAGUCACCGGAACAGUCUUUGGCUUUGGACUUCAGUAGACAAUCUCCUGAGCAGCCUGCGUUUAAUGCCAGCUUCCAGCACAUAUCUGAAAAUGGACCCACUGAAGUAGAUUACAGUCCAUCAGAUGUGCAUGAGCCUGGAUUUAUCCAGCAUGCUCAUCCAACACUUGACAGAUCAUUCUAUGGCCAAGAGCUGGAUCAUUUGCAAUUCGGUUCCACCCCACCAACAGAGGCUUCACCAUCAUCCUCAUCUGCUCGUACACCACAAACCAGUUCUCCAUUGCAAGAGGAAUAUGGUGUUUGUACUUCAGCCCUAUCUGGAAAACCAGUUAAUAUUGAAGUGCCAAUGGUUUCAGAAAGGGUAUCAUCUGCCCAUUCACCACAGGGAACUUCUCCACUGCAAGAUCAGGAGGAGCUGCAAAUGUUUGACCUUUCACAGCCUCUUGCACUUGCAAAAGAAGUAUCUCAUCUGCACAUGUCUGAUUCAUCAGGCCCAGGCCCACUGCAGGAGAAGAGUCCAGUAGGAUCAUCAAUGAUAUCUCCUUCUGAGCAGGUAUCUGCUGUUUAUGCAUCACAUUCCUUACCAGAGCCUGCCCUCUGUCAAAGCAAAAUUCCAAUAAUGCAGUCAGACAUGGGAGAAAUUGAGACAUUCAGCAGCAAGCAAGAUAAAGCCAAAGAUGGAUAUGAGCUUGAAGAUGACCAUUUUGCAUCCAGAUCAGUGCACCCAGCAGAGGUUCAACCUGCUGUUGAAACAUGCUUUAAGACUCCGACUUCAUUCCGGCUCAACAUGGCUGAUCUUUCCCCUUCUUUCAUCAAUCCAAGCCCAUUAGAAUUCUUUGAGCAAGAUGACAUCGCUGAAGAUCUUGAGAGACCACUUACGCAAAGCGGAGGAGGCCAGCCUCCAUCUGGUGGAAAGCAGCAGGUACGGCAAUGUGAUGAUACCCCAGGAACAUCGGUCAGCGAGUCUGCUCCGUCCCAGACUGAUUCCGACUUUCCACCUGGAACAGAGGAAUGCCCUUCGAUCACUGCGGAUGCUGCCUUAGACUCUGAAGAUGAGUCUGAAACUCUCCCGACAGACAGAACACUUGUACACAGACAAAUAGAUCCCCCACCUGUUCCACUGAUGGAUCCUAGCCCACCUCCACCACAUCCAGAUGUUUGCAUGGUUGAUCCCGAAGCAUUGCCUACUGAUCAGAGCUUGGCAAAGGCAGAUAAGCCAUUGAAGAAAGAGGUUAAAGAGAGAACAAAGACCAAAAAACAGGCCACAAAGACAAAGUCUUCCUCUCCUUCCAGAAAAGCUGACAGCAAACCAAAGCAUUCCAGUGCUCCUUCCAGAACAACCCCAUUAGUAUCUGCUAAGGAAUCAGCUGAUAAAGCAGCAAAAACAGCUUCCCCUAAGAAGAAGGAUUCAGUGGAGAAAGGAGCCAAGCCUAACACUAAUCCAGAAACAAAGAACACCCGAGGUGAUGACAAAGAAGCAAAAAAUGCCACGAACACCACAAAUUUAAAAUCUGCACAUACAACUAAAAAUCCAGGUAAAAUACCUCGAUGUGGUACAGUGAUCUGGUGUAUUGAAUAAUUAAAUUUAAAACCA